AUGGGCAUGCUAGCUACGGGCUCCAUUGCCGAUGCCCGUUCGUUGGCGUUGCGUGCCAGAGCAGAAGCAGCCGAGUUCCGCUACCAGAACGGGUACGAGAUGCCCGUGCAGAGCAUUGCCAAGCGUAUGGCCAACAUCUCUCAGUUGUAUACCCAGCGUGCAUACAUGCGUCCGCUCGGCGUGGCGUUGACCUUCUGUCAGGUCGACUUCGAGGAUGAGGGCAGAGGUCCUCAGAUCUUCAAGUGUGACCCCGCAGGCUACUUCACAGGCGUCAAGGCCGUGUCGACGGGCCCCAAGCAGCAGGAGGCCACCACGUAUUUGGAGAAAAAAUUCAAGAAAAUGGACUGUGUGGAUGGCGACUGGCAGCAGACGGUCGAGUUCGCCAUCACCUCCUUGAGCUCGGUGCUCGGCACAGAUUUCCGCAAGAACGACAUCGAGAUCGGUGUGGCUACGCAAGGCGAGUUCCGCAUCUUGACUGCCGACGAGAUUGACGAAAGAUUGGUUGCCAUUGCUGAACUCGAUUAG